UGUCUCGACGCACUGGAGUGUACUGGUUGAGCUGGCUAUAGAUUCAAAACAGUGUUCGAAUUUCACUUCCGCAAUCAUCACCAGAGUUGCUAUCCAGAGCUUUGGUUUCCUAAUAGUUAGGAAAUGAGCCUAGUGCCUGACUAGUAGGGUUUGAAGAUCAAAUGAAAUUACGCAUGAAAUGCCCUUGGCAGAGAGCCUAGUAUACUCUAAGUGCCAGAUAAAUAUUAGUUGUUCCUUUAGUGAUGAUGACAUUAAUAAGCUAGUGGAACAUUGUAGCAUAUGAGAAGGAGCAGCUAAAAACAAUUGAUGGUAGAGUUGGGGAAGAGAAGAUAAUUAUUCGGUUUUGGACCAACCCGAUGAGGUACUAAUGGAUAGCUGAGAUGUCCACGAUGUAGUUGUUGGAUAGAGGUGUCCAACAGGAGCUUUGAAAAAAUAGGAAGAAAUAUAUUUUCUUACAUAAAGCCUUUGUGGGUGGGGUAAGCUUUAUUGGAGAUUUGGGGGAAGAAGAGGGAUUUAUACUGUAACAAUGCUUGUGUUGAUCAUUGAGUAUUAGGCAUCUCUACCCUUAAAAUACGUUUCUACCACUGAUGACAGGAACUCCAGGCUCUGAAAUCUGGCUCUUUCCCCCACCACUUUCUUUCCUUCUUUGCCCCUCUUUCUGAUUGCCUCUAGAAUCCAAGUACUUUUUAUUAUGUAGUGGUGUCUUAGUUAUCUAGUGCGGCUAUGGCAGAAAUACCACAGUGGAUGGCUUUAACAAAGAGAAGUUUAUUCUCUCACAGUUCAAUAGGCUAGAAGUUUGAAUUCAGGGCACGGGCUCCAGGGGAAGCCUUUCCCUCUCUGAUGGCUCUGGAGGAAGGUCCUUGUCAUCAGUCUUCCCUGGCCCAGGAGCAUCUCACCACAGGAACCUCAGGUCCAAAGGACGUGCUCUGCUCCGGACACUGCUUUCUUGGUGGUGAGGUCCCCAGCUCUCUGCCUGCUUCCCUUUCCUUUUAUCUCUUGAGAGAGGAAAGGUGGUACGGGCCACACGCCAGGGAAACUCCCUUUACAUUGGAUCAGGGAGGUGACCUGAGUAAGGGUGGUGUUACAAUCCCACCCUAAUCUUCUGAACAUAAAAUUACAAUCACAAAAUGGAGGAUAACCACAGAUGAUACUGAUAAUCAUGGCCUAACCAAGUUAAUACACACAUUUUGGGGAGGAACAUAUUUCAAUCCAUGUCGAGCCAUUUAACUUUUUCCUGUUUGUGUAACCAAACUUUACUUCAGGCCCACCUUCCUAUAUCCAAAUCCAACAAGGUUUCUAGAAGCAGGGCUGGUUGUAAAAAGAAAAAAAUAUCUUUGAUGUAGAAUUAUAGUUGUAGGAUAUUUGGCCAUGGCCUGGAAGUUUUUAAAAAUAAAUCCCUUUUAGCCUUCCUGUCAUAUGUUUCUUUUCCUCAGAAAGUAUGAAACAGUAGAAAAAUCUAUGGUUAUAUAAGUUUUUUGGUUGGUUGAAUUUGGAAGAAGUGGAUAUUUUGUGAAUUAGCCUAAUGAGAAGCUAUUAAAAGGGAUUUUAAAAAAUGCUCAUGCCGGUGAGUUUGAACUGCUGACUUUUCAGUUAGCAGCCAAGUGCUUAACCACUGCACCACCAAGACUGCUCCACGAUAACACAUCACAUUAGUAAAUUAAGUCUUCUAGUUGGUAUCCUUUUACAGAGACAGUUAUUGUAGGUUCUGUCCUUUAGAAUGUAUGCUACAAGAGAGCAGGAAACACCCUGAAACUAUAGCCCCUAGACACCCUGCUAACUCAGAACUGAAGCCACUCCUGAAGUCCACCUUUCAACCAAAAAUUAAACAGGCCUAUAAAACAAAAACACAUUUAAGAAACAUGCUUCUUAGUUCAAUCAAGUAUAGGAGACCAAAUGGGUAACACCUUCCCCAAAGCAAAAACAAGAAGGCAGGAAGAGACAGGAAAACUAGACAAAUGGAUACAGGAAACAUGGAGCGAAAAGGGAGAGCGUGCUUACACAUUGUGGGAAUUACAACCAGUGUCACAAAACAUUUGUGUAUAAAUUUUUGAAUGAGAAACUAAUUUGCACCAUAAACUUUCACCUAAAAACCCCAAAACCAAACCCAUUGCUGCUGAGUCGAUACCAACUCAUAGUGCCCAUAGAGGACAGAGUAGAACUGCCCCAUAGGGUUUCUAAGGAGUGGCUGGUGGGUUUGAAUUGCUGACCUUUUGGUUAUCAGCUUAGCUCUUAACCACUGCACCACCAGGGCUAAACUUUCGCCUCCAAAACCCAAACCAAACCUAAUGCCAUCGAGUCAAUUCCGACUCAUAGUGACCCUAUAGGACGGAGUAGAACUGCCCUAUAGAGUUUCCAAGGAGUGCCUGGCGGAUUUGAACUGUGGACCCUUUGGUUAGCAGCCAUAGCACUUAAGCACUACGCCACCGGGGUUUCCAACUUUCGCCUAAAGCACAAUAAAAUUAAAAAGAGGGAGAGGGCAGGACAUGUAUCUGUUUUGUUCAUUGCAAAAUCUCCAAGUAUGUAAAACAAUAAAUAUUAAUGUAUAUGUGAAUAAACGAAUUUGAUCCGUUGCUUUUGAUCUGUCCUAGCCCAUAGACUUCUUCAGUUCUUUGGAACCAUCAUUGGUCAAAGGGAAAACAAAAGGCAUUACAGUGGUCUGAAACCGAACUCGCGGUAUCUCCGAGGAAUGCCUGUAUAAUACAGAAUUGAUGGCUACUGUGAUUCAACUAAGGAGGCCUGGUAGUGCAAAUGGUUAAGGACUUGACUGCUAACCAAGGGAUUCAUGGUUCGAACCUACCCAACGGCUCCAGGGGAGAAAGGCAGUCUGCUCCCGUGAAGAUUACAGCCUAGAAAACCCAUGAACUUGCUGGUACUUGGCAACAACAUGAUUGAGCUAUUUUAGUGCCAACUGCUGUAAUUAUUUGCAUAAUUUCUUUUCCACAUUUUACUGCAAGUUUUGUGGGAUGUGGUAGGGUGAAACAGACUUAUAUAGGGAUAUUGCUUGCUUUGUUCAGAGGUGAACUAACAGCUUCAUCAUAAAUUUGUCCUAUCUUGGUUAAUAGCAGAGUUGCUGAGGUUUUCUGUUAUUAUGGGGUUUUGUGUGUGUGUGUGUGCUAUAGGCAAAGGUUUACAGAGCAAAUUAGCUUUUCAUUCGACAGUUUAUAUGCAAAUUGUUCCGUGAUAUUGGUUACAAUCCCUACAAUGUGUCAGCACUCUCCACAUUACCACCCUCAGUUCCCCAUUUCCGUUUGCCCAGUUUUCCUGCCCCUUCCUCCCUUCUCAUCUUUGCUUUUGGGCAGAUGUUACCCUUUUGGUCUCAUGUAGAUGAUUUCCUCAUGCGUGUUAUUGUUAUUUUAUAGACCUGUCUAUUAUGUGGCUGAAAAGUGAUCUCUGGGAGUAGCUUCAGUUUAAGGGUGUUUAAGGGUCGUAGUCUCCGGGGUUCCUGCAGUGUCUCAGACCAGUAAAUCUGGUCCUUUUUUUUAUAAAUUUGAAUUGUUCUUCAUUUUUUUCUCCAGUCUAACCAGGACCUUCUAUUGUGACCCUGGUCAGAGCAGUUGGUAGUGGUACCUGGGCACCAACUAGUUCUUCUGGUCUGAGGCUAGUGGAGGCUGUGGUUCCUGUGGUCCAUUUGUCCUUUGGACUAAUUGUUUCCUUGAGUCUUUGGUUUUCUUCACACUCCUUUGCUCAGGACAGAAAGAGACAAAUAGUAGUAUCUUAGAUGACCCCUUGCAAGCUUCCAAGACCCCAGACGCUACUCACCAAAGUAGGACGCAGAACACUGUCUUUAUGAACUAUUAUGUCAGUUGACCUAGAUAUCCCUCAAGUCUCUGAAGUUUUGAUAAGAAUGCAGAAGUGUUGUGGAAAGAUAGGAUGUAAGCACACUUUAUACUUUUUAGCCUCGAGAUUUAGGAAUAUCACUUCUAAUAAUCAGCAUCCCUCAGUGGAGACAUUAUGUGGGAGAAAAUGAUUUUUUUUUUUUUUAACAAAAAAAUGGUUCAAGUAGGAGAAAUGAGAAAUAGAAACAAAUGCAGGAAAUAAGCAAUAGACAAGUACCAUUCUAUAAACAAUUAUUAUGUGUCCACUUAAAAGCAUACCACAUUCAAAUAUAAAACAUGAGAUUUUAAAUUUUGUUUUAGUUGAAAAGGUAAUCUUAAAGUUCUUUUACACAGCAAAUUGCCCUGAAGUGUGUAAUAGGGGCCACAGUAAAAAAUGUUCAUAACCAAGUUUUGAGGACCUAUAUCUUCCAUAGAAUAAGGUAUGCUUUAUAAUAAAGUUUCCAAAGGCUCUGUUGGCUAUUACUUUGUUUUAUAGAUAAAAGUAAAGUAAGCUCAGGAAAUAUUUACCAUCCUCCUGCCAAAAAAAAAAAAAAAAAACCUUGGGAUUUUUGCUGCUAGUUUUAAGUUAAACUUAAAAAUUAACCCGUCAGAAUUCUGGAUACUGUUCAGUUAAACCACUUAAGCAAUUAUUGAACAAAUAAAUUGGAGCCUCCACUUAUAUCUUAUUUCUUAUUUUAUUGUGACUAUCGCAUUUUUCUUCUCGCACAUGAUUUUAUUGUUUAAAUUUUGACUUUAAUGUUGUUCAACAGGUACUUAAGCAUAGUACAUGAGAUGAUGAACACUGGGCUGGGUAGAAGACAAGAGAUUGUCUUUGCCCUUUUAAGACUUGAAAUCUCAAAAGACACCCAGUUUGGGAGUUCACUCAUUCGAGGCAGGAUGAUGAGUGCCCUAGACUUUCUAGUUCCUUGGUCCUCAACUUCAGUGACCUUCACUUCCACUCUAUUUUAAUAUUCUUUUUGCACUUUAUCAUUUCCCACAAUUCUCCGCAUUAGAAAUCUUGAUCUUAUACAUAAUAUUCCCUGAUGACAGUCCCCUAUCCUUCCAGGUCUCUCACAGAGAGGCGCCCUGGUGGCACAGCGGUUAAGCACUUGGCUGCUAAUGGACAGGUUGGCGGUUCGAACCCACCAGAGGUCUGUGGGAGAAAGACCUGGUGAUCUGCUCCUGUAAGGAUUACAGCCUAGGAAACCCUCUGGGGCAGUUCUGCUCUGUCCCGUAGGGUUGCUAUGAGUCAGAAUCAACUUUAUGGCAAUGGCUUUUCCUACAGAGACAGCCCUUCAGUCUCUCCACCUCCCAUUCCCUGUUGGCCUCACAGUCUUCCCUGUUCAGUUUGGAACCCGUGGUUAUACACCUGAAGGAUGCUUUCACUAGCACACGUAGCUCUCUUGGGUUUACGUUUGCUUUGCAUUCCACCUGCCAGACAAAGCCUGAGUUCCGAUGAGCUCUGCGUCUGUUCUGUGCUGCUCUGCUGCUUUGGUAACACUGUUCACUGGCCAGGCCCUCGAUGCCCAUGAUUGUUUCUCACGCCUUCCCCCACUUCAUCCACCUCAGUCAAUUAAAAAAAAAAUUAGUAAGUGUUUAUUUGGCCCCUACUGAAUGCUCUGACGCUGAGCUAGUAGCGGCAUCCUUAUAGAGCUUACAAUCUAGAGGGGAUAGACAUUCAUCAAAUGAUAGCACACACUGCACAGUUACAAAUUAUGAUACAAGUGCUUUGAAGAAAUAGCAUCGGCAGCCACUUGCCACAUGUGGCUUUUGAGCUCUUGAAACGAGGCUGGUCUGAAUUGAGAUGUGUAAAAUACACACCACAUUUUGAAGACUUAGUACAAAAAAAAGUAAAAUAUUUCAUUAGUAAUUUUCAUAUUGAUAAUUUGGAUAUGUGGGUUAAUUAAAAUAUUAACCUGUUUCCUUUUAUUUUUAAAUGUGGCUCCUAAAAACCAAAACACCAAACCCGUUGCUGUCUAGUUGAUUCCGACUCAUAGCGACCAUAUAGGACAGAGUAGAACUGCCCCAUAGAGUUUCUAAGGUGCACCUGGUGGAUUCGAACUGCCGACCCACUGGUUAGCAGCCGUAGCUCUUAACCACUGUGCCACCGGGGUUUCCAGAUGUGGCUACUAGAACAUUUAAAUGGCACGUGUGGCUCCCGUUAUAUUUCUGAUGGACCGCACUAGCGUAUGGCGUCCGUAUAACAAGAGGAGCUGACCCAGUCUGUGGGGGAGCGGGGUGUCGGUAAAGACUUCCCUGACGUAUCUGUAUGAGUAGACAUCACACAGGCAAAGAAAGGGGGAAGCAUCCUAAUCUGAGGAAGCAGUCUGAGCCAGAAAGCGCUUGAAGGGAGGAUGAGAAGGUGGGUAUGGAGAGAGCUGGAGAGAGUGGCAAGGGCUGACACCAGAGAGAUAGCAGGGGCCUUGUUCUUAAUAAGGAUUUUGUUCUUCAUCCUUCAGGGAUUAUUCCAAACCUUCAUCAUUUACAAACCCUUUUAUCCAACCCCACCACUCCUGUUGUGGUUGUUAGGUGCCCUAGAGUCAAUUCCCACUCAUAGCGAACCACCCAGUGUGAUGACCCACCCAGUGUGACAGAGCAGAACUGCCCCAUGGGGUUUCCUAGGCUAUAACCAUUAUGGAGGGAGCCCUGGUGGCACAGUGGUUAAGAGCUCAGUUGCUAACUGGAAGGUCGGGGGUUUGAACCCACCAGCUGGCAGUCUGCUUGCUUCCAUAAAGAUUGUUUUUAGGUGCUGUUGAGUCGGUUCCAACUCAUAGCAACCCUAUAUAUAAUGAAACAAAACACUGCCCAGUCCUGUACCAUCCUCACAGUCGUUAUGGUGGAGCCUGUUGUUGCAGCCACUGUCAAUCCAUCUCACUGGGAGUCGUCCUCUUUUUUGCUGACUUCUACUCUACCGAGCAUGAUGUCCUUCACUGCGAGUCAGAAUCGACUUGAUGGCAGCGGGCUUUUAAUUUUUAUGGAAGCAGAUUGCCAGGUCUUUCUCCAGGAGAGCUUUGAGCUCCAGUGGGUUUGAACCACUGCUAACCUUUUGGUUAUGAGCCAAGUGCUAAACUGUUCGCUAUUAGGGUUCCUUCCCACCUUUCCUGUAGUCCACGAAUAGUCUGGUCACUUGGUAGAGAAAUUUGAGAUGACCUGGUGUUGUUUCUCUCAAAUUUCUGCCCCACGCCUUCCUACCUUAUCUAUGUGAGUCUCAGAUCUGUUGAAUACUAACUUUGUGGGCAGUGUACUCUUGAUCCCAUCUGUGGAAGUCUUUCAGGAUGUGGCUUCAUCAGUUAACUCCCCUCUCUUCUAUGUUUAAUCUCUUUCUCUGCUGGCUGAAUCACAUCUGCCUAUAAAUAUGCUCUGAUCUUUAACCUUACAAAGCAAACAAAGCUCCAUUGACCGCCCCCCCCGCCCCAGCUCCCCUCUAGUUACAUGUGAUUUGGUUUGUUUUUGUUCCUGUCCUUUUUAACUAAGCUUCUGGAAAAAUAGGACACACCAAUGGUUUCCAAUCUGACUCAGCCUCAGAAUUACCUGGAGAGCUUUUAAAAAUAGUAGAUCUAAAGCCCCACCCUAAACCUGCUGAUUCUAAUGAUGAAGAAUUCCUAAACUUUGGCUCUGUCACAGACCCCCUGGGGCAUCCCGCUCAACUUCUUGCUUGCUUGGUUCCAGGCCAGCAGCAAGCCUUGCAGCCUCCAGUGUAGGCCACCACUAGGAGGGCUUUCUUACCGUCCCUGCUAGGAGAAGCUGCUCACAGGAUGGAGACUUGCUGGGCCCUGCUCUCAGUGUGCCCAGAAUAUUCUGAAUUGAGUAAGACAGCGUUGAAUUUGUUCCCAACUUUUACAGUGAAUCCACAUCUUAGGAGAACAUUCUACAUUCUAGCACCACUUCAUCUUACGCUGGCAAUAAAGAUUUCUAUAUUUUGUUCUUCAAGUGUUCAUAAAUGAUAUAUACUGUAAUACAGUAACAAAAUUUUAUUUUGUAAGUUUUCUUCAAUGACAUCUUACAAAACCGUAUUCUUUUUCUUGGCCAAUAAUUCUUUCUUAAAAAGUACCAUUUUUUUGUUUGUUUGUUUUUGUUUUUCUGAAAUUAAAUGGCCUCAUGGAGUGAUGCAGAAGAGAAAUGGUCAUUUUUCCUCUGGUUUUUAGUUCUUUGUUUUGUUUUUGGUUUUAGCAGAAUUAAAAGUUGGUAACCAUGUGUUCUCAAAUGUAUUUUGGAUUUGAUGAACAAGCAAAAUUCAAAAACCCUAAGGACCAUUUGUCUACACUUUGCUGUUUCUACUUCUUCAUCUUACAUUAAUUAGUAGAACUACCCCCAUAGGGUUUUCUAGGCUAUAAAUCUUUACUGGACCCGAUUGCCUGGUCUUUCUACUCUGGAGCCACUGGGUGGGUUUAAACCGCCAACCUUUCAGUUAACAGCUUAACCAGGGGAAAAGAAAACCAAAACCUGUUGCCGUUGAGUCAAUUCUGACUCAUAGUGACCCUGUAGGACAGAGUUGAACUGCCCCGUAGGGUUUCCAAGGCUCUAAUCUUUGUGGAAGCUGACCGCCACAUCUUUUCUCCAGCAGAGCUGCUAGUAGGUUUGAACUUUCUACCUUUGGGUUAGUAGCCAAGUGCUUAACCACUGUGGCACCAAAAAAAAAAAAAAAGCCAAACCUGUUGCUGUCCAGUCGGUUCUGACUCACAGUGACCAUAUAAGACAGAGUAAAACUGCCCCAUAGAGUUUCUAAGGAACACCUGGUGGAUUCGAACUGCCAACCUUUUGGUUAGUUCUUAACCAGUAGCCACCAGGGCUCAUUUAUUCCAUACUGAUGGACAGUCUAGCUUCCCCACCCUCUCUCCCUCCUUCCAGGCUAAGUGAUCUAAUUGCCAUAUUCAGCGGGGCCCUUUUUGUCACUCUUACUGAAUCUCUUCAUUGCCUUUGGCACUGUUGACCUUCUUUAUAAAACUUCCUUUCCCCUGGUUUCCACGACGCAUUACUCCUGGCUUUCUUUCUCUUUGACUACCCCUUCUCGUGCUUUUCUUCCUUAGCCAAUUCCAGUCUUGAAUCCAUCCCUUCUUCUCAAUCACUAACACUGUUUUAUUUUAGGGCUUUUUUAUUUGCAGACUGUACAUUUUGAGAACAUCCUCAGUGCUAACAGUAAUUAUAUAAACUUUUUGCCUCAGUUUCCAUCUCCUCCAGAAAGUCCUCCUUGAUUUCCUCUAUCCCCAUACCCUUAUGCCAGCUCAAGCACCAUAGCUAAGGAAGUUUUUGAGCUAAAAUAUUGGUAAUGGUAUCCAGGGAAAAUUGAAAGUUUGAGAUGGAUGUUGUAAUGGCUGUCCCCAUGAAUUAUUAGUUCUGUGAGUUUUUAGUAGAUUCUCUUAAAGAGGAUAAUCAUAGGACUUUUAAAUUUCUUCCCUUUUUAUGAUUUUAUCUCUUAGAUCUUUCUAUUGCACAGGCUAUAACUUUUAUAACAAGGUUAAAUAAUAAUGGGAAUAUUCAACAGCUUUGUUUUAUUUCUGAUUUUAUAAAAAUACUACUGGUUCAAGAUUAAAAUUGAAUGACUAAUCCUUAUGAAAUUCUAUUAAGAUAGUAAUAGGUACUUCCCAACGUGAUAAAGAAUAUCUAAUGACUUUUUAGCAUUUAUGGAAAUGUAUCGUGAUAGUAUGUUUCCUCUUGGGUGUUAAUGUAAUAUGGGUCAUAUUAAUAGAUUUCCUAAUAUUGUGCAUCUUUGAAUUCCUGGAAUAAACUCUGCUCUUUCACUGUCCUUCUUUUUAAUGUACACCUGGAUUUUAUUUGCUAGUAUGUUUUUCUGUUGUUUUAGGGUUUUGUUUUGUUUUUCUUUUUGAACAUGCAUUUUCUAUAGUAAGGCUAAACGGUAAUUUUGUCAGGACUUACGUCAGGCUUGGUCAGCUUUAUAAAAUGAGCUUGGAAGCUUUGUGUGCUCUGCAGUUGUCUGUUCGUGAAAGUAUGGACGGAUUUUCUUAUCGGUGCCUUUUUUGAAAGGUCAUUUUUUUUUUUUUUAAUUUUUUGGACAAUGUUUCAGUUACAUUUAUGGCUAUUAGUUUAGAUUCUCUGCUUCUCAGGUCAGUUUUGAUGGCCUUUUUUUCAAGAAAUUAAUUUCAUUGAGAUUAAUUUCACAGAGGCUGCAAGCAGGUGUCUAUCUGCUUCUCUCUGUGUGCCCUACUCUGCUGUUUUCAGACCAGCUCUGUUUCUCGAGCUCAGGCUUGAAGACAUGACUACGUAACCUUUGUAUAACCUCCCAGUUGAAGAACCUCUCAGAAAUGAAGUCGAGUCUGGGUCCCAACUCCAUACUCUCAGUAGGAUCAUCCCAUUGGCUCAGCUUGGAUCAGAGGUCUAUUCUUGAUCAAGAUAAUUUUGUCCCAGGAGAUGUUGAGAUUAUAGCAACAAGCAAGACAAGAAGAAUCCCUGUUCUUACGGAGUUUACAUGCUGCAGGGCAGGAGGAGAGAUAGACAGUAAACAGAAAAGCAGACCGUGACUUUUGUCAAACACAUCGCCAUCUGUUAAAGGAGACAAAACCUGAGGUGGAAGUCUAACGUAUGAGGAAGCAGAAACUGCUUCGGUUGAUUCAAAAUGGGAACAACAAGCGAUGAGCUAGUUUCUGUGGAACAGCCUUCCUCCUCCCUAAAUCCCCUGUGUUUUGAGUGUGGCCAGCAGCACUGGACAAGAGAAAACCACUUAUACAAUUACCAGAACGAGGUGGAUGACGACCUAGUCUGCCAUAUUUGCCUUCAGCCUCUGCUGCAGCCCCUGGAUACGCCCUGUGGACACACAUUCUGCUACAAGUGCCUCAGAAACUUCUUACAGGAGAAAGACUUCUGUCCCCUGGACCGGAAGAGACUUCAUUUUAAGUUGUGUAAGAAAUCUAGUAUUCUUGUCCAUAAACUUCUAGACAAAUUAUUAGUUCUGUGCCCGUUUUCUUCAGUGUGCCAGGAUGUAAUGCAGCGCUGUGACCUGGAGGCACAUCUCAAAAACAGGUGUCCUGGAGCUUCUCAUCGGAGAGUUGCCCUAGAGAAGAGGAAAACCAGUAAAACUCAGACAGAGAUUGAGAGUGAAAAUGGACCCACCAUACUAGACCCUCCAGGUACCGUGUCACCAGAAGCUGACUGCUUGGGGACAGGACCUGUGCCAGCGGAGCGGAACCUGACACCUGCGCCUCUCCCUGCCUGGAGUGAGGAGCCUGGCCUCGACAACCCCGCCUUCGAGGAGGGCACUGGAGCGGACACCGCACAACAGCCACUUAGUUUACCAGAAGGAGAAAUUACCACAAUUGAAAUUCACCGGUCUAAUCCUUAUAUUCAGUUAGGAAUUAGCAUCGUGGGUGGCAAUGAAACGCCGCUGAUUAACAUUGUUAUCCAGGAAGUCUACCGGGAUGGGAUAAUCGCUAGAGAUGGAAGACUUCUUGCUGGAGACCAGAUCCUUCAGGUCAACAGCUAUGAUAUUAGCAAUGUGUCCCAUAACUACGCCAGAGCUGUGCUUUCCCAGCCCUGCAGCACGCUGCACCUCACUGUGCUUCGAGAGAGGCGCUUUGGCAACCGCACCCACGGCCAUUCGGAUAGUAACUCCCCACGAGAAGAGAUUCUCCACGUGGCUCUUCAUAAGCGGGACUCUAGUGAACAGCUUGGCAUUAAACUAGUGCGAAGGACGGAUGAGCCGGGCGUGUUCAUCCUGGACCUGCUGGAAGGGGGAUUGGCUGCCCUGGACGGACGGCUCAGCAGCAGCGACAGGGUGCUCGCCAUCAACGGACACGACCUGAAGCAUGGGACACCUGAGCUUGCCGCUCAGAUCAUUCAGGCUAGUGGCGAGAGGGUGAAUUUAACAAUUGCCAGGCCAGGGAAGCCGCAGCCUGGCAACGCUAACCGAGAAGCAGGAACUCCAAGUGGCAACCAGCAUCACUCUCAGCAGCUGUAUCACACCAGGCCCAGCUCACAUAAGGAUCUUACCCAAUGUGUUACAUGCCAAGAAAAGCACAUUACUGUAAAGAAGGAGCCACAUGAGUCUCUUGGAAUGACAGUAGCUGGUGGCAGAGGAAGUAAGAGUGGGGAACUGCCCAUCUUUGUGACCAGUGUGCCACCCCAUGGCUGUCUUGCACGAGAUGGCAGAAUCAAGCGAGGUGAUGUGUUGCUGAAUAUCAAUGGCAUUGACUUGACCAAUUUAAGUCACAGUGAGGCCGUUGCUAUGCUGAAAGCCAGUGCUGCUUCCCCGGCUGUUGUCCUUAAAGCACUUGAGGUCCAGGUUGUGGAGGAGCCCACCCAGAUCAUGGAAGAGCAGCCAAGCACUUUCAGUGAAAAUGAGUAUGACGCCAGUUGGUCCCCAUCCUGGGUCAUGUGGCUCGGGCUUCCAAGUGCCCUUCAUAGCUGCCAUGAUAUAGUUUUACGAAGAAGCCACUUGGGAAGUUGGGGCUUUAGUAUUGUUGGUGGAUAUGAAGAGAACCACACCAAUCAGCCUUUCUUCAUUAAAACUAUUGUCCUGGGAACACCUGCUUAUUAUGAUGGAAGAUUAAAAUGUGGAGACAUGAUUGUAGCUGUAAAUGGCCUGUCAACGGUGGGCAUGAGCCAUUCUGCGUUAGUCCCCAUGCUGAAGGAGCAGAGGAACAAAGUAACACUGACCGUUAUUUGUUGGCCAGGAAGCCUUGUGUAGACUUCUGAAAUUGAUUUUAAGUCAAGCACCUUCCCUUAUGAAAGAAAACCCUUUGAUUCCAUUGUGUUUCUGGCUAGUGGGAGCUCCUGACACAGCUGGUAUAAAAGCAGGGCCAAAAACCACUAAGAUUGUCCUUAUUAUUUAAACAGUUUCCCUUAAGUUAGUCACAUUUCAUUGAGCUUGGACAUAGUCUUCCACUAACCUUUUUGAAUUUACAUUUUCAGAAUUCAGGCUCUCGGUUGUCAGAAUGUUACCUGUACUAAUGAGCAAAGUCUACGCACACUGUGACGGAGCUACCUGGGGCAUAGGAUGGCUGGUGGCUCUUUGUUUUAAAAAACGAAAUCAUAGAGUGAGUCCUAGAGCUGCCAAGGCUGGUAUUAGUGCAGACAGUAAACCACUGCCACAAAUGGCCACAUUAUAAACUUGGGUGAUAACCAUUUUCUGUUUUUCUUUGGUGCCAACAUUUCAAAAAACCAUCGUAUUUAUAAAGUAAUUUUUCUGGUUUAUUUUGCUUCUUUAAUAUCUUUGUAUUCCUAAGUGAUGAAGACUUGCAGCUAACACUAUGAAAGAGAUUAUGAAAAAAUAAUGUAUCAUUAUUAGAAUAGUAGAGAAUAAAAGAUAAUGUUAUCCAGGGACAAAAAAUAAUUUGGGAGGUAAUUAUAGUUUAGUGCUGGAGAUGGUAAAAGCUGUAUUUACUUGAACAGACCUACAGCAUUAAAGAUUCAUUUCCAAAGGAAUGUUUUGUUACAUAGGAAAAUUUUGAAGCAGUUUUUGUUAAAAAUCAUUUCUAGAGUUUGUAUUUUAUUUAACCAGCAAUUGUGGCUGGAAAUGUUUGUGUGAUUUAUGCAAUUAAGCUAGAUGAUAAAAGUAAAACCAUACUACUAUUAACUACAUACAGUAUAUCACAGCCAAGUAGGAGAAAGACCAUUUUAUUCUGAGUUUUCAGUGUUUUAGAAACCCUUCUUUUCACCAUUAUUUCUUAUGAACUUAAUGAUUUCACAUAAGAGACUGAAGUUUUCUGCUUGUUUUUUUAUCUGAAAUACUAGGUUUUAGGUGUUAAUAUCUUUUAGUCAGCUCUUGGUCACUAGACUAUAUGAUAUUUUUUAAAAUGUCUUUUAAAGCUAUGACCAGCCGAUUUUGUUUGUCCUUUAUUCUACGUGGUUUUCCUUUGGAAGAACAUAACAGAGUGAAUAAAAGGAAAAUAGCAUUACCAUAUCAAUAUUAUGCAUACUUGAAAAAGUUUCCUUUAGAAACCUCGUUCAGAAUCUGAGCUAAUUUACAAGUGACCUCUGUAAUAAAUGGUAUUGAUUGUCAGAGAAUGUAUUUCAAAACACUACAGUCUGUGGUGACGCAUGACCACUUUAUUUGCAAACGUGGCAAUGGCAUUGCUGGGAUUUGGUGUAUCUGUAGCAUGUCACUGAUUAUCCCAGUUAGUUUUAUAACGAUUUUCUUUUUAAACAUAUCUCUUUUGAAUAAGUAAGAAAUGGCAACAAUAAUUGCUAUUGACUUUUUCAAUCCCUUAGCUCUCCUGUAAGGUCAGCGUGUAAUCAGGAUACAGUGAGAUACCCCAUACAGUAUAUUACUGUUAGGUGACGAUUGUCUCCUGAAGCAAUUUGAUAUUGAAAUCCUUUGGUAUUCUAAUUGACAUGGAAUGAGUUGUUUUUUGUUUUUUCCUGCUCCCCAAAUAGAAUUUUAUAACCUACUUUGCUAUUUUUUUAAACCUUUUGUAAGAAUGUCUCAUUUACUGGGGAGUGGCCACCCAUCAGCAAAUAUCCCACCUGCUACUUCGUUUAUAUAAAAUACUUCCACUGAACCUGGUGGUAUAGUAAGUAUUUUGAAAGAAGAAAUUUUUUUCAAUAUUAUUUUUAUCAUGAAAACCUUGGAAUCAGCAUAAGUUACAGGUUUUAUUACCAAACUACAAUUACAGCUUUUGAUCAGAAUGAUUAUGUGGUGAUAGAAACUUGUUCAUAAUUUAUUACUAUCAAAAUAAUUGGAUUUUCUCCUUUUAAGCAUUUACAGUUAAAUAUUUUGAUUUGUUCUGUGCCUUCAGUUUAAAUUAUUUCAGGAUUUUUCAUAUGUGUUUAAAUAAUGGUGUGAUGAUCAUUCAGGAUGGAAAUAAAAGUUAUCCUUUCCGUAAUUGCGAUGUAGUCUGUUUUCUUGGACAGCAGAUGUUCACUCCUCCUGGGGUACUUCUUUUUGUUCACGGCACCAGUUCCAUAUAAGAGCCCAAGCCUGAAACCUCAGGAUCACAAGCCCCCUCCUAACUCACAUCCCUGGAAGCAGAGCACAUGGGACCUGUGCUGGUUCUUGGACUGUCUACCCGUGCAAUACCUCUAGACUUGUGCCGUCCAAGACAUGUGGCAAGAAGCACCUG